AAAAAAAAAAGAGAGACAAUUCAGGAGGCCUAUCUAUUUGUGAUGGAUUCUCCACCGGCGAAGAGCUGGAGCAUCCACACCCGACCCGAGAUCAUCGCCAAGUACCAGAUCCUCGAGCGGGUCGGAUCCGGCGCCUACUCCGACGUCUACCGCGCCCGCCGCCUCUCCGACAACCUCACCGUCGCCCUCAAGGAGGUCCACGACUACCAGUCGGCCUUCCGCGAAAUCGAGGCGCUCCAGACGCUCCACAGCUGCCCCAACGUCGUCGUUUUGUACGAGUACUUCUGGCGCGAGGACGAGGACGCCGUGCUCGUGCUCGAGUUUCUGGCCAGCGACCUGGAGACUGUGAUCAGAGCGGCGAAGAAGAAGGAGGGCGGGAUUGGCUGCGGCGAGGUCAAGAGGUGGAUGAUGCAGAUACUGUCUGGGAUCGACGCGUGUCAUCGGAAUAUGAUCGUGCAUCGGGAUUUGAAGCCGAGCAAUCUGUUGAUCGGGGAGGGUGGCGUGCUCAAGCUGGCUGAUUUCGGACAGGCAAGGAUACUGCUCGAGCCUGGAUAUGCUCCUGAUGAUGAAAACCGUGAAGCAUAUGAGCAAAGCUCCCAAAGUCAAGCCAAUGCCAUUCAACCACCUGAAGCAAUUCCUGUAGAAGACAAUUCAUUUCAAGAAGGGUACAGAAUUCGGGAUGGAAGUAUGAGCAAAGAAGAAUAUUUUAGGGUCUUAGAUGAGGUCAAGGCAAAAGAUUUUGACAAGGAUACAAAUUUUCCUGAUGGAGAUACAUCUUGUCUAGCAACGUGUACAGCCAGUGACGUAGACGAUGAGGUUUUCAAGGCUUCUUAUUCAUACGAGCCAGAGGAUGGUGGAGAUGAUAGAGUUGGUAUGACAUCCUGUGUUGGAACUCGAUGGUUCAGAGCCCCUGAACUUCUCUACGGGUCAGUAGACUAUGGUUUAGAGGUAGAUUUAUGGUCAUUGGGUUGCAUUUUUGCUGAGCUUUUUACCCUGCAACCACUCUUUCCCGGGAAUUCUGAUAUCGAUCAGCUCAGCAGAAUCAUCAGCGUUCUGGGAAAUCUAACUGAGGAGAUAUGGCCUGAGUGCGAUAAGCUUCCGGAUUACAAGACAAUUUCAUUUAAUAAAGUAGAAAACCCAAUUGGUAUAGGGGCCUGUCUCCCCAGUCGUUCCCCGGGUGAAGUCGCAAUGGUGAGCAGACUUGUUUGCUAUGACCCGGCUAGAAGAGCUACGGCAAUGGAACUGCUCCAAGACAAGUAUUUCAAUGAAGAGCCACUUCCAGUUCCCCUAUCUGAGCUGCAUGUUCCCCUCGAGAAGAGUGGGCCAGAUGAGGUUUCUGGUGGCUGGCGUGAUUACAAUGAUAUGGGUUCAGACUCUGAUUUUGAUGAAUUUGCCAAUGUGGAAAUUACCGCCACCAAAACUGGUUCUUUCAUGCAGUUUUCUUGAGUGACAUUAAGUGUUACUGGUAUCUAUUGUUUCUAUUGUUUGAAAGCUUUUUGGAGAAUUAAUAUUAAGGAAUCUUGAUAUCUA